AUAAACCAAAAUCAUACUCCACACUUCUCUGGCGUUGACGGAACUCUCCCUGGGACCCUCCCUCUCCCUGGCAAAAGCUUCAGGGAAGGUGACCCUUCCCUGCGGUACCCAACCCUUUCCAUUCCCCUCUCUCGCCAAGGGUCAUUACCCUUCGAAUACUCGUUCACACCACUUUACUCGACGUUCUCUUUUCCUCCCCUUAUACAGGGCAACAAGUUACACGCCUGGGUAGCUAAUACCAGUCACUAACGAGGUGCUUCCUCGUCAAAUGCGGGAGCGGAAUCCUUCGUAGCACCACUACGUGGACACAGGCCAGUGCGCUCAGCCAGCCUGCGCAGGAAAAGGCCAAUGCGCCGUUGGACCUUGACCAAAACUUGGAAAACAAGCAGGACCGUUGGAACACAGAAGACUUCGAGAAUCGUCAACAGCAAACACAAACCUUCUCAUCAUAUGCCUACGAUUGCGGUGUUUUAACCACAACAUACCUCAUGACUUCGCGAGACUCGAUAGACGUCUCCAUCCGACCCUCAAUAUCUCCUUCAAUAUCAAGCGCUUCCUCUUCUUCUUCCGAAUCCGACAGCUCCCUACCCCAAACUUCUCCCAGAUCUCAACCGCGGCGGUCGCGUAUGGACAGGCCCAGAAUAGGGGAAAGACAGCGUUCGAACACGAUCAUCGUACCCAAAAGUCAAUACGUUGCUCCGAGAGAAAUGCCACAAUAUCCCCCAGACGACGCGAGAGCAAUGAGUCCCAGAAGAAACAGCGAAGACAUUGAGAGGUUGGAACGAGGUGUUCGAGAAAGCCUGAAAGAGCAAGCUCGAAGUUUACAGUCUUCUCUUGCAGCAUUGGCGGAAAAGAUUGACGAGGUCAAGAACGACCACGACAAGCUGGAAAACGAGAACCGCUUCCUCCAGGACUACAUUGGCGGCUUGACGAGAACCAUGUCAAGAGACAACCUUGGCAGAAGUGCGAGCACCAGGAAAGGCAGACGAUGAUCGACUCACGAAUCCACCUCGCCUUUUCGCAUCUUUACCGCGGCGCGGUUCCAACUCGUACAUCCUAGCUGUCUACCUCAAGAACACGCCUGAGGUACCUAGGUCGGGGGCGUUCUGAUGUCGUUCAUUUUCUACGAAA